AUGGCAGAAAUAAUAAUAUGUAGCGAUGCUCUGUUUGAAUACGCCAAACAGGUGAAGAAUUUGGGGAGCACUUUAUUUGAGCUGCUCUCGGAAGCUCUUGGGCUCAAACCGAGCUACUUAACUGAUAUAGAGUGCAACCAAGGACAGAUCAUAUUCUGCCACUAUUACCUUCCGUGCCCCCAGCCUGAACUUGCCAUCGGGACAAGCCGGCAUUCAGACUCUGGCUUCCUCACCAUACUUCUCCAAGACGAAAUUGGUGGCCUACAGUUCCUCCAUGAGGACCGGUGGAUAGACGUCACACCGACACCGGGAGCGUUCAUUGUCAACAUCGGCGAUCUCCUACGGUCGAUCUCCAACGAUGGGUUCAGGAGCGUGGACCAUAGGGUGGUGGCGAAGAACGCCGCGCCGAGGGUCUCAAUCACGUGCUUCUUCAGCACGCAUUUCCACCCUGCCUCUAUGAGAAUGUACGGUCUGAUCAAGGAGAUGUUGUCCGAUGAGAACCGGCCAUUGUACAGGGAGACCCUCGUCAGAGAUUACAUCAAACAUUACUACUCCAUCGGGUUAGAUGCGAAAACUGCUAUCUCUGAUUUCCGGUUGUGAAUUGUGAAGGAGAGUUUGUGCCCUCAUAGUAUACUAUAGACUGUAUCAAUGUACCUGGUACAUUGAUAAGUUGAGCAGUUUGUA